ACAGCGUAAAAUUUUCAAUGAGCCGCCAUAUUAGGAAGCCAAACCCCUCUUCAUUUGGUUUAGAAAAGACAGGACAUACUUCCCGGAUAGUUUUCAGGAGUGCCGGUUGUUGUUGAGCGCUUGAAUCUAAAUCGUUACACUUGCACAAGCGGUAUCUUGGUUUGGGUUGGUUACCGUCUUUCAUACUUGUUAUAUAGCUACUCUUCUACAAUGGCGACCGCGACUGCAACUCCGACCGGCCAGAGAAGCACGUGCGGCAGCGGCACACCGCUGAGCCCGACCAGGAUAACCAGACUGCAGGAGAAACAACAGCUCAGGGACCUCAAUGACCGCCUGGCCGUUUACAUUGACAAAGUCCGCAGUUUGGAGUCUGAAAACGACGUACUCCACCUGCAAAUUAGCGAGAAGGAAGAAGUGAGGAGUCGAGAGGUAACCGGACUAAAAGCCCUGUAUGAGAAUGAGCUAGCCGACGCCAGAAGGUGUUUGGAUGACUCCUCCAAGGAACGGGCCUGGCUACAGAUUGAGCUGGGAAAGAUCAAAUCCGAGCAUGAGCAGCUUCUACAGAACUACAACAAGAAGGACUCUGAGGCAGCAGGAGCCCAGGCCAGGCUGAAGGACUUGGAGGCUCAGCUGAACGCUAAAGAGGCCAUGCUGGCUACAGCACUGUCUGAGAAGAGAGGUCUGGAGGCCACACUGGCCGACCUGCGAGAACAGCUGCAGGAGCUGGAUACAGGUCUUGCUCAGGCCAAGAAGCACCUUGCAGAUGAGAUGCUCCUGCGCGUCGACUUGGAAAACCGCUGCCAGAGUCUGACAGAAGAAAUGGACUUCCGUAAGAGCAUGCACAAGGAGGAAGUGAAGGAGGCCCGGCAGCGGUAUGAGACCCGACUGGUGGAGGUGGACUCUGGACGGAAGGAGGAGUAUGAAUAUAAACUGACUCAGGCCCUGUCAGACAUGAGGGCUCAAAAUGAGGAGCAGAUCAAGAUCUACAAGGACAACAUGGAGAGCACCUACCUGGCCAAACUGGAGGACCUGCGACGGUUGUCUGAGAUGAAUGGAGCAUCAGCCAACAUGGCCCGAGAGGAGCUCAGAGAAUCGACCCUGAGGAUCGAGAGCCUCACUGCCCAGCUGGCAGGCCUGCAGAAGGAGACUCGUGGUUGGCGUGAUCGUAUAGCGGAACUGGAGGUAUCAUUGGCUCAGGAGAAAGACAUGAGCCGCAAGCUGCUGGCAGACAAAGACCGCGAGGUGGCUGAGAUCCAGGCCAAGAUGCAGCAACAGCUGAAUGAGUAUGAACAGCUGCUGGAUGUUAAACUGGCUCUGGACAUGGAGAUCAAUGCCUACCGUAAACUUCUGGAGGGUGAAGAAGAAAGACUGAAGCUGUCUCCCAGUCCUUCAUCUCGUGUCACGGUGUCUCGAGCCUCAUCCAGCAGCCACAGCGUGCGGACCUCUCAGGGAAAGAGGAAGCGUGUUGAUGUGGAGGAACAGGAAGCCAGUAGCUCUGUGUUCAUCACUCACUCUGCCUCGGCCACAGGAUCCAUUUGCAUAGACGAGAUCGACACCGAUGGCAAGUUCAUCUGCCUCCACAACAGUGGAGAUGGGGACCAGGCCAUGGUGGGAUAUGAGAUGAUUAAGACAAUUGGAAAUGCUAUAGCCACCUACAAGUUCACACCCAAAUAUGUCCUGAAGGCUGGCCAGAAAGUCAUGGUUUGGGCAUCUGAUGCUGGUGUGAGCGCCAAACCUCCCACAGACCUAGUGUGGAAGAACCAGUCCUCCUGGGGUUCAGGGGAGGACGUCCAUGUGGUGCUGAUCAACCCUCAGGGAGAGGAGGUGGCAAAGAGAACCACGACAUACAAAACAGCAGUAGAAGAGCAGGGUCAGGAAGAUGAUGAUGAUGAUAAUGGAGUGGAGGCCACUGAACAAGACUUCUUCCACCAGCAGGGAGACCCUUGUGCUGCCAAGAGAGGCUGCUCCAUCAUGUGACUGCACCAACCAGCCACCUCCUACUCUGAGCCCAGCCAGUCUGCUGCCAACUGUAAUACUAGAACUAUUUUUCUAUCUUUUGUAGUGUAUUUCAAUAAAAUGUGUGGAUUUUUAUUUUAUCUUUUUAUUUCUCAUAAAAAUGCAAAACUGCUUUUGGUAGAUGUGUUUUUAUCUGAAAAAACUAAAUACCAUGGUUAUUGAACAAAAUUUGUAUUUAUAGUUCAUUUAUAGUCCUUUUUUUUUUUCUUUUUUUAAACCAUGCAACAAAUAGCUAAACUCAAGGACAGGCUGUCUCUUUAAGGAAACAAUACGUCAUGUGCUGUGAAAUUUUUUAAAUAGAUUUUAAGUUUGUUAUUUUAUAUUUUUUAUCAUUAUUAUUAUUAUUAUUAUUAUUAUUGAUGCUAUAUUUUAGGCCUUUCAAGUUACAAGAAAAACCACAGGAUGUUAGUAGAUGUUAGGAUCAGUUUCUCAAUUUGCUAAAAACCUACUGUAUGUAAAAACCAUAAAAAUAAAUAAAUUGGAAAGAAUAUACACUGAAAUGACAAGUACACUAAAAGCUCUGCAGUAACAGGAGUUAAUGUAAUUAAUUACUUCCUCCCAUCAGUCUGAACCUUGACUGGACAAAAUGUCAGAAUUACACAAUUUGGAAACCUCUGUUCAAUGGCAUACCUAUAGUAUCUUUAGAACAAUACUUAAAAUACCUUGAUUGAAUGAUUGUAUUCAUAAGGAAGUCAGUGGACAGCUGAAGUUUGUUAGCAGUUUUUGAGUUACCUUAAAGCCCCUUAUGUGUAAGAUUUGAAACUGUAGUUUGGGCGACUCCUUGUGGUAGUAUUAGGUGUUUUUUGUUUUUUUACUAUACCGACACUACAAAAAAAUGGAUUGAAAGGAAUAGCCUGCACCAACUUUCACCAGGAUGUCUCAUUUUUCUCCAAAUACAAAAUUUGUGCCAUCAGAAUAAUAAUAUUAAUAUUUGAUUUGAAAAUCACAUUCUACAAACGGGGGCUGUAAUGUGAUGUCAUGCAGCAAACAUGGGUUUCUCUUCACAGACUUUGAAUAAGCAUUGCACCACUAAUUAAGAAGUGUUGAUUGUAUUCUUGCCUUUUAAUAUUUGUGUGUUUGUAGUGCUUUUUGUGUUGCUGUGUUACUGUGCAUGCUAUGGCUGUAAUCUUCAUAGUUGAAUGAUUAAAUGUUGUUUUCUUGUA